UGUUUGGUUUUUACUCGUCUGGGAAAGAUGGCGGAGGCUGCGGCUGUUACCCCGCAUCGGUUUUUCUGUCACUGCUGUAAAGGAGAAGUGAACCCCAAACUACCAGAGUUUAUCUGUCCAAGAUGUGAUUCUGGCUUCAUAGAGGAAGUAACUGAAGACUCCAGUCUUCUAGAGACUGGUGCAAAUGGGAUAGAUGAAGCAGCAAACCAGUUUGCAGAGUUAUGGCACUUGUUGUUACUGGAGCGACCGUUCACUACAGACAACGACAAUCCAGAUUCAGAGCCACGACUGCCUGGAGGACGUUUGGGGGGUCUCAAUGAUCUGGCAGCAUUUGGCAGCGCGCCGAUCGGAGGAUCCGUCCCAGCUGGUCUUGGCGGGUCUAUGGGUGGCUCCUUGGGAGCUGGUGAUCACUGGACUCCCAGCCGGAAUCCCCGAGUGCACAGCCAGAGGAGGUAUCGGUCCAGAGUCAGCAGUAGACCUGACCGCUCACCUGCCGUCGAGGGGAUCGUUCAACAGUUCCUCGCUGGUCUCUUCGCCAACUCUGGAGUUCCCGGCUCCCCUCCACUGUCUUGGUAUGAGACAGGUAUGCUGCAUUCUAAUCCAGGGGACUAUGCCUGGGGCCAGGGAGGGUUAGAUGCAGUCAUCACACAGUUACUAGGCCAGCUGGAGAACACUGGACCUCCUCCAGCUGAGAAGGAGAAGAUUUCUUCUCUCCCCACCGUUAAUAUUUCUCAGGAACAAGCAGACUGUUGUAUGGAAUGCCCAGUGUGCAAAGAGGACUUCUCAGUGGGAGAGCCAGUCAGACAGCUCCCCUGUAACCACUUCUUUCAUUCAGACUGUAUAGUACCAUGGCUGGAAAUGCACGACACCUGUCCAGUGUGUAGGAAGAGUUUGAAUGGAGAAGACAGCAGCAGCCAGCCACCAUCAGAGUCCCCCACCCUGUCUAUGGACCCCCGAACACAGGAGAGAUGGUCCUUCUGAGAAGACCGCAGCAGUCUCCUCCUCGCCUACACCCAACAGCCAGAGAGAAGCCCAGACACUUCUCCCCACGCCACAAUACCCCAUUUACCUCUGAUGCAGUCAUAAUCAUAUUUGCUUUGUAUUUCUGAUUCUAAUGCCUUCUCCUGAUCGUGUCCACAAACACUGACGUCUUAACCCUCUGAUGAGGCCUGAUAGUCUUUUGAUACCUACAGAUUUGAUGCUCCAUCCCACCUAGUCGUUCUGUCCGUCACGUUUUUCAUCUCUGAAAAUGCACUGCUGCACUACACUCAAGUGGAGAAAGGCCAAGAUCUUGGGUCAUGCAACGCCCCCUUUGUACUUUUUAAUAGAUUUGCUGAAAGCUGUAACUGAGCCCUGCAAGGCACCAGAGAUUCUCCCUCACUUUAAAGGGGCCAGAAAGUGUAUGGACAAAUUCCUCCCGCAACCAUGUCAGAGUGAUUGACUUUACUCAGCUCCUGGUUAUUUCAAAUGCCGUUAACUUUACAGAAACCCAGCUCAGUGUGGAGCUCACGGUGGGAGAAGUAUCUACUAACUCUUUUGGCACUGGACUUGUGAUCAUGUGACGUCCCCUGUUAGCUAACGGCUAAAAACGUUUUAGCCAUUAGCUAAGAACGUUUUAUUUCAACGUUGACCCCACUUGGUGUAAAUAUUACGAACAAGAUGACAUCUUUGUGACAUUUUAUUCCUCCAACUGUCUUUUGUUUGACAUUUUUAUUGCUUUUUUAAUAAUGUAAAUACUUCUAGUCCAACAACUUAUGGUUGACAAGGAAAAAAAUACAUUGGAAUGGAAACACAAAUGUGAAAAACCUGGUUAUCAAACUGUAUAUUAUAUAUGAAAAGAACAUGUUUAAGAUGUCAUAAUAAAUUGACAAAAAAAAAGCUUGCGUGU